AAGCCCCACGACGAUGGCGGCGAUGGCGGUGGCGCUGCGGGGAUUAAGAGGGCGCUUCCGGUGGCGGACUCAGGCCGUGGCGGGCGGGGUGCGGGGCGCGGCGCAGGGCGCAGCAGCAGGUCAGAGGGACUAUGAUCUCCUGGUGAUCGGCGGGGGAUCUGGCGGCCUGGCUUGUGCCAAGGAGGCCGCUCAGCUGGGAAGGAAGGUGGCCGUGGUGGACUACGUGGAACCUUCUCCCCAAGGCACUCGGUGGGGCCUCGGCGGCACCUGCGUCAACGUGGGCUGUAUCCCCAAGAAGCUGAUGCACCAGGCGGCACUGCUGGGAGGCCUGAUCCGAGAUGCCCCCCACUAUGGCUGGGAGGUGGCCCAGCCUGUGCCGCAUGACUGGAGGAAGAUGGCAGAAGCUGUUCAAAACCACGUGAAAUCCCUGAACUGGGGCCACCGUGUCCAGCUUCAGGACAGAAAAGUCAAGUACUUUAACAUCAAAGCCAGCUUUGUUGACGAGCACACGGUUUGCGGCGUUGCCAAAGGUGGGAAAGAGAUUCUGCUAUCAGCUGACCACAUCAUCAUUGCUACUGGAGGGCGGCCGAGAUACCCCACGCACAUCGAAGGUGCCUUGGAAUAUGGAAUCACAAGUGAUGACAUCUUCUGGCUGAAGGAAUCCCCUGGAAAAACGUUGGUGGUCGGGGCCAGCUAUGUGGCCCUGGAGUGUGCUGGCUUCCUCACUGGGAUUGGGCUGGACACCACCAUCAUGAUGCGCAGCAUCCCCCUCCGCGGCUUCGACCAGCAAAUGUCCUCCAUGGUCAUAGAGCACAUGGCAUCUCAUGGCACCCGGUUCCUGAGGGGCUGUGCCCCCUCCCGGGUCAGGAGGCUCCCUGAUGGCCAGCUGCAGGUCACCUGGGAGGACCGCACCACCGGCAAGGAGGACACGGGCACCUUCGACACCGUGCUGUGGGCCAUAGCACCUCGCAUCUCUGCGUGUCUCCCCACCACCGUGGGACAUGCUGGAAAAACCAGAGAAGAGACUGAGAUGGCAUCAGCCAGGUGUCCUUAUCGAGGAGCAACUAGGCAAUCGUCCUCGCCUUCCCUGGCCCUUGAGCGAUUGCUUAUUAAGGUUUCAGCACAUAAAUCCUACUUGUCACCUUCCAGGUUUAAGUCUUGGUAUGUUUUUUUUUUUUUUUUGAGAUGGAGUCUCGCUCCGUCGCCGAGGCUGGAGUGCAGUGGCAACCUCCGCCUCCCGGGUUCAAGCGAUUCUCCUGCCUCAGCCUCCUGGGCAGCUGGGGCUACAGGCGCCCACCACUACACCCGACAAAUUUUUGUAUUUUUAGUAGAGACGGGGUUUCACCAUGUAGGCCAGGAUGGUCUUAAUCUCCUGACCUCGUGAUCCACCUGCCUUGGCCUCCCAAAGUACUGAGAUUACAGGUGUGAGCCACUGCACCUGACCAGUAUGUAUUUUUUCUUUAGCAUAUUAAAUGUUUUGCUGCUUCAGGCUUUCCAGCUAGGUUUUUUUCUUUUUUUGCGUGUGAAACAGGGUCUCUCUCUGUUGCCUAGGAGGAGUGUGGUGGUGUGAUCAUAGCUCACUGCAGCCUCCACCUCCCAGGCUCAAUCAGUCUUCCCAUCUCAGCCUUCUAAGUGCUGGGAUUACAGGUUUGAGCUACUGUGCCCAGCCAAACUAGUUUGUUGUUUUUAACAUAAAAAUGAUAUGGAUUUGAAAGUUUUAAAAAUUGUGGUGACAUACACAUAACAUCAAAUUCAUCAUCUUAAGCAUUUUAAAGUAUAUAGUUCAGUGGUGUUAAGUACGUUCAUAUUGUACAAGCAGCAUGACCAUCCAUCUCUAGAACUUUUCCAUUAUCUCCAAACUGAGCUCUGUCCCCAUUAAACACUCACUCCCUGCUGCCCCAGGCACUCACCCUUCACUGUCUGUCUCUAUGGAUCUGACUCCUCGAGGGACUUCACGUAAGCAGAGUCAUGCAGUGUUUGUCCUUUUGCGACUGGCUCAUUUCUCUUAGCACAAUGUUUUCAGGGCGCAUCCAUGUUGCAGCAUCUGUUAGAGUUAACAUCUGUGUAGCACGUGCCAGCAUUUCCUUCCUGUUGAAGGCUGAGUUGUAUGUGUGUCCAUCAUCUGUCAGUGGACACUCAGGUGGCUUCUGUCUUUUGGCUGUUGUGGAUCAUGCUGCUGUGAACAUGGGUGUGCACAAGCCACCUGUUUUCAGCACAUAAAAAUGACGCAGACUUUUUAAAGUUCUGGCCAGCCUUCUCGUGGCUUUCAGUAUUUCCCAGUGGGUCCCUUUGGGCCUGGCAGGUCAUCACAUGCCAGGAGUGGCAUCUUGCAGGCCUUUCCAGAAGUCACAUUUCAAAGGCUUCCAAAGACAUCACCCUUCCAGUGCUGGGCAGAGGCCUGGGUAUUUCCUGGCCAGGUGUGGGCUGGCUACAACUUGCUGGGCACAGUCUGGUCUCACCUUCUUGCUCUCUGUCAGGUGUAGGUCUGGUUUUGCAUGGGGCAGAGGCCGAGCAGGUGUGGGGAGUGUGGACGCAGCCAGGGGAUACCUGUGCCCAGGCCUGGGCCGGAGCUGUCUGAGGGGACUGGUGAGGGGCAGCUGGAGCCAACAGGGAUCGCCCAGACACUGCCCUGUCCCAGGCCUGCUGCAAAGCUGGGCGCGGAGGCCAUUGCAGAUGGGCCACCACAAGGAGGGCUGCAGGUCCUCAUCAGGGUGGGUGGCAGCACACACAGCAUGCCUGCUCAGAUGUCCUACCCACCUCGGUGCCUGGCCAUCUGGUUUAGGCUCCUAGUUUUCCCAAUCGCCCUGUCAACUUGCAUGUUGAAGGCGGGAGCAACCUAGUCAGUGUUGUUAGUUCUCCGAGGCCUUUCCAUGCUGAGCCUGGUCUGUUGUCCCCUGCGAGAGCCCGAGAUCAGAGCCAGCGUCCCUCUCAGAUCACCUGGCUCCACCUCCAUCAGCUAACCGGGCUUACGUUGGGCUGGCCAGGUGUCAGUGUUCCCUGGGGGAGGGCUCCCGGAGGCACAAGCUGUGUCAUAGGGUGAUGCACUUCUGAAGCAGUCACUCGGAAUGGGAAAUCAGAACGGAAACCAGCCUGGAGCGGCUGAGGCUUCACUUUUGUGCAGUGGACACAAGCACAGAGGUGAUGACCGGGGCGGACCUGAGACGCCCGAGCGUACGCAGGGCUCUUGGCCCGGAGGUGAUCAGUCAGCAAGAGCAAUGUUCUCAGUCACAUUGUAAAAGUAGAUUUUAAGUAAGUUUAUUAUGAUAAACACUAUGAAGGAUUAGGUAACGUUUUGGACUUUGAAGUGUACUGAUGGUUCUCAUCCUAAACUCUAUUUUUCUUUCAAAAUUUAUCCUCCUACUAUCAUUCCCAAAUAAACUCCACUUUAAAGGGGA